CAUUAGCAAUCGAAGAAGACAUGACUAAUACUAACGUUGCUGGUACUAAGCCUACUGCAACAACCGUCCAUGAAUAUCCUAGCCGCCUACGCGUAUGGUGGAUGAACAAGGACUUACGAUAUAACAUUGCGAUGAACAGCUUCAUUUUAAUCCUCAACAUCGCAGCGAUAUUGUAUAUGAUUACCCACAAGAUUGCGGUUGAAUCAGAUAUAACUACAGAUUUGCUAAUUGGUUUCGGUGUUUCGUAUAUCAUUUGCGUCCUAUUUAGUUUCAUAAGUUGGAUUGUGGCAAUCACGGAUGUGUCAGCAUGUGAAGUAGGAUACUUUUCUGGAUGUGUCAGUCACAACUUUGGCUUCGUUGUUCUCCUCCACUUUCUCUAUUGUAUAUCUCUCAACUUUGCCCUACUCGUUGGUCUAUUAUAUGCUCUACCUUUUUUCCUACGUUUCCUAUGCAAAGCAAUGCGAGCACUACGAGAUUGGUGGGAGUUUGUGAAUCAACCGCAAUCAGUUGUUGUUGAGGGGGUUAUAUGCAAUAAAAAUAAUUUAAUUGAAUUUGAAAGAAUUCAAUUAAAUGCAUAAGUUACAAAUUAAAAUAUUAAUAAAGACUUUUAUUUUUGUAAGCUUUUGCUAUCGAGAUUAGAUUUUGUAGAAUAAAUAUAUUAGUUUGAAGAACAAAUGAUAUUUUAUA